AUGUUAAUUUUGGAUAAAAACGGAGAGCGAAUUACUGACCUCAACAUUACGAAAGAAAUGAAAGACCCAAAGACGGUGAAGUUUUACGAUGAGACGGGAGAACAUGCGGUCUCAGAAUCUGUAACAUCCGCAGACGUGGACGAGGUUACCGACCAUGCUGCAUCGGAGGUUCCGAAAGAGCAUAAUCGUGUAGCAUACGACAAGGCAAUCGAGGACAUGGUAGAAAAGAUUGUACUCGAGGAAAGCAGUGGGCGGCAUUUUCCAGAGCUUCCUGGUCUCGAGAACUUCCACUUGCUCGAACAAAUGGGCGAUGGUGCGUUUAGUAUCGUGUACAAAGCUGUGAACAUAAAAACCGGCGAAAAGGUCGCCAUAAAAGUUAUCCACAAGAUGCUGAAGUCGGAAGAUGGAACAUGGAAGCCUAGCGGAGUCGACCCUGCUAGCAUUUUGAAGGAGGUUCAAAUAAUGCGUCGUUUGAAGCAUCCCAACAUUAUUCAGCUGCUCGAUUUUAUUCAGACAGAGCAGCACUUUUUCCUAAUUUUGGAGCUUGCUGACGGCGGAGAACUGUUCCAUCAAAUUGUACGUCUAACCUACUUCUCUGAGGACCUUUCGCGACAUGUUAUCAAGCAAGUUGCCGAGGCUAUUCGGUAUUUGCAUGAAGAAUGCGGUGUGGUACACCGGGACAUCAAACCCGAAAACCUGUUGUUUGAUCGAAUUGAUUUUGUGAAGUCUCGAGUUCGCAGAUUCCGGAAAGGUGACGACGAGAGCAAGGAGGAUGAAGGCGAAUUUAUUCCCGGGGUUGGUGCUGGCACUAUUGGACGCAUCCGUCUUGCUGAUUUUGGUCUGAGCAAAGUUGUCUGGGAUUCGCACACAAAAACACCGUGUGGUACUAUGGGCUAUACUGCUCCUGAAAUUGUUCAGGACCAAACGUACUCAAAAAGCGUGGAUAUGUGGGCUCUGGGUUGUGUGUUGUACACUAUCCUGUGUGGCUUUCCUCCCUUUUAUGAUGAAAGUAUUCCAGCUCUCACAAAAAAGGUGUCUCAAGGACAGUAUACUUUCUUGUCUCCAUGGUGGGACGACAUUUCAAAAGGCGCUCAGGACCUCAUCAGCCACUUGCUGACUGUUGACCCAAAAUCGCGUUAUGAUAUUCAUCAAUUUUUGGCGCAUCCUUGGAUCGUUGGUACUGAAGAACCGACAUUCCCCGCAAGUGAUGCACCUCCAACUGGUAAGCCAGAGUCAGCGUUUGAGUUUGACUUGAUGACACCUACGGAUGUUCAAGCAGCCACGGUGCGGACGCCUGGAGUGACUUCACUCCGCGAAGUAUUCAACAUUUCCUAUGCCGCUCACCGGAUGGAAAUUGAGAAAAAUCGGAGAAAAGUUAUAAAACAAAACUACGCGAACUUCUUCAAUGAUCUGGACGAUUUAGACGAGGGUGACGAAGAAUUUAAUUCGUCCAACUCUACUGUAAUUGAGGAAAGUGUGUUGUCAGAUGGCGAUGGAGGUCAUCGUAUAUCGACAAAAGCUACAGUCUCGCCUAUCGCAUGCCAGCGCAAACGUCGUGAGACGAGUCACCGGGCAUUCGAUCUCAACAUUAACAACUCAACCCUUUUUACUCGCCGUCACCGAAAUGCUGUUCAUUGA